AUGGCGCGCGUCGCAGCCGGCUGGCACGGCGGCGCGGAGGGCGCUGUCCCCGUCGCGGUGGAUCUGAGCUCGCUCGCCCCUCCGUGGCAGCCUCGCCCAAAGCCGUCCUCGCGCAAGGCUCGGCGGACCGUGCCGGCGGCGCCCGUCUCCAUGGCUCCCGGGCCGCCAUGGCUCGCCCCGGACGCGUUCCUUGCCGACGGGAGCUGCGCCCACAGGCGAUUCCCCCCCUUGGCUCCGGCGCCUAAGCCGUGGGGCGGUGCCACCGAGGGCGAGUACGGGGAGGCGCAUCCGCCGGACCGCCACGCGGCUCACGUUUCGCCGCCACGCGGCUCACGUUUCACGAGCGAGAGCCAGCUGGCGGCCGAGCUGGCCGACGCCGACCCAGCGCCAUCCGGCGGGGCACACCUGCAGACCCUCGGGUGGCACGCGCGGGAGCCGCCGCCGCUGGUCGAGAUCCUGGCCGAGCACUGGCGGGACGGCCCCGGCGGGCCGCAGGGCGCGCGUGCAGGAGCCAGCUCGAGGUCUCACCGCCGCAAGAGCUGGGAGUCCAAUGUCGACGCACCGCACUUUGGUCGCGACAAGCGGCAGUCGCGCGUGCACGGGCUGGUGUUUGAGCAGCAGUCGGGCUUCUCGUACGAGCUUCCGCCGGGCGCGAUCGACUUCAAAGCGCGCGAGUCCUUCUCCACGAUGCUGUCCAUGGAUGGCGGGGAGACGCACAGCGAUCUUCGGGCGCGCGCGCGCGAUCGGCAGAGCUGGAAAGACAACUCGCGGCACUCUGCGUGGCCCUCCGGUGCUCCGUGCGAGGGCGCCGGCGACGAGAUGGACGCCGACGACGGGGGGUCUGAGGCGGGCUGCGAGGCGGGAGGGGGCGCGGACUUUGGGGCUGGGUUCGAAGGAGAGGAGGCCGACACCAGCGGCUUGAGCCUCGACGACAGCCCCUCGCGCCGUGCGGAGCCGCCCUCUGACGAGCCGAGGACGCAGCCCCGCCCCGAGCAGCGUCAGCUGGGCCGGGCGGCGCUGCGCGCGGAUCCCCACCGCCGGCUCUCGGCUCCGCAGCUCGGCCAGCUGGUGGCGCGGCGCGCUGGUGGCGGCGGCGGCGUCCGCCUCGCCGCCGUGGCAGGAGCCGCGGCAACGCCGGGCGGCGCACCGAGCAUGUCGCGGCUCUUCAUGGGAGCGCUGUGGGCGGCCACGACGCAGCACGUGCUCUCGCUGCAGUCCCGCGACGGCGCCGAUCGCACCGUCCCGCCGCAAGUGCAGCUGGCAUGA